GUUACUUUUGUGGCCUCUCUGUUUCUGUCAUCCAAAUGUCAAUAAUGAGUUUGUAGACUAUUUAUUUUAAAGACAUCUUGAUAUCGGAAUCGGUGUGUCCUUCCUGCAAACUCCUAGAUGUGAUUCAGGAAACAGAGAAGCAGCUGCACUGUACGAUUCAUAUACCCAGAGGAUAAGUCAAAUUCAUAACAAUGAAGCGAAACAAGCAUCGAGCCUCCAAGGAUGAUGGCAAAGGUCAAGAUGAACCGGCCAUUCUGGAGACGGAGGAUAUGAGGAUGCCAGACCCUGAUACCAUCUCACUCGCAUCAGUAACUGCCGUCACAACCAAUGUCUCCAACAAGAGAUCAAAGCCUGACAUCAAGAUUGAGCCUAGUGCUGGAAGACCAGUGGAUUUCCAAGUCAAUGUCACUGUUAUAGAGGCCAGACAGCUGGUGGGUCUGAACAUGGAUCCUGUGGUGUGUGUGGAAAUCGGUGAUGAAAAAAAAUACACCUCAAUGAAGGAGUCGACCAACUGCCCUUACUACAAUGAGUACUUCGUUUUUGACUUCCACGUUCCUCCUGAUGUCAUGUUUGACAAGAUCCUCAAAGUGUCAGUUAUCCACUCUAAGAAUCUUUUGCGAAGUGGCACACUGGUCGGGAGCUUCAAGCUUGACGUGGGCACAGUUUAUACACAACCUGAACAUCAGUUCUUCCACAAAUGGGCCACUCUAUGCGAUCCUGAUGACAUCACUGCAGGAUGCAAAGGCUAUGUCAAGUGUGACAUCGCAGUUGUUGCAAAGGGCGACACUAUUAAAACUCCACACAAAGCAAAUGAAACAGAUGAGGAUGACAUUGAGAGUAAUCUUCUGUUGCCAGAAGAUGUCCCAGCUGAGCGUCAAUGGGCGAGAUUCUAUGUGAAAAUCUACCGAGCCGAAGGAUUGCCCAAAAUGAACACCAGCAUUAUGGCAAAUGUGAAAAAAGCUUUCAUUGGAGAAAAUAAGGACUUGGUUGAUCCGUAUGUCCAGGUGCAGUUCGCAGGACAGAAGGGUAAAACUUCAAUUCAGAAGAGCAGCUAUGAGCCGAUCUGGAAUGAGCAGGUAGUUUUCACUGAGCAGUUUCCACCACUGUGCCGGAGAAUGAAGGUCCAGAUCCGCGAUUCGGAUAAAGUGAACGAUGUGGCCAUCGGAACGCACUUCAUUGACCUGCGGAAGAUUGCUAAUGAUGGAGACAAAGGCUUUCUUCCAACUCUUGGGCCUGCAUGGGUUAACAUGUAUGGCUCCACACGCAGCUACACGCUCAUGGAUGAGUACCAGGACCUGAAUGAAGGACUAGGGGAAGGAGUGUCGUUCAGGGCCCGACUGCUGAUCAGUCUGACUGUGGAGAUACUGGACACCUCCUCUCCUGAAGUAAUGAGCUCCACUGAGGUGCAGGUGGAGGGGAUACCCAACAUCUCAGAUAAUGCCACAGGAAAAGUUGAGGAGUUCUUUCUCUUUGGAUGCUUCCUUGAGGCCACUAUGAUUGACAGGAAGAUUGGAGACAAACCCAUCAACUUUGAGGUUACAAUAGGAAACUAUGGCAGUGAACUUGAUACUCCAACCAAGCCAAAAACAAAGAAGAAGAAGGGUGGCGAUGGUGAUGACGAGGAAUCUGAGCUCAUUCAUGGCUCCAGUGAUGAGGAGGUGGAUGAUGGUGGAGAUAUGACAUCAGUUUCCACCACUCCUCCAAUGAAACCAGUCAUCACUGACAGAAACUAUUUCCACCUCCCGUACUUUGAGAGGAAGCCCUGCAUCUAUAUCAAGAGCUGGUGGCAGGACCAAAGAAGACGACUUUAUAAUGCUAACAUCAUAGACAGAAUUGCAGAUAAAUUGGAAGAAGGGUUGAACGAUGUGCAGGAGAUCAUUAAAACAGAGAAAGCAUAUCCUGAGCGCAGACUCAGAGGAGUCCUGGAGGAACUCAGCAAUGGCUGCAGUACCUUCGUAACUUUGGGAAACACUGAUCAGAAUCAGGCUGGAAAGACUAAACUGGACCGUGAGAGACUAAAAUUAUGCAUGCAGGAAGUGGAAAACAUGGGACAACAAGCAAAGAAUAUGCGAUCUCAAGUAAAGAAAAGCAACGUGAAAGACAAAAUAAAACUGGCACAAAAUUUCCUCCACAAGUUGAGAUUCUUGUCUGAUGAGCCUCAGCAUAGUGUUCCAGAUAUUUACAUAUGGAUGAUAAGCAACAGCAAACGCAUUGCAUAUGCCCGUGUUCCCUCCAAAGACAUCCUCUUCUCUUCUGUCGAGGAAGAAACUGGAAAGGACUGUGGGAAAGUCCAGACCAUCUUUUUCAAGCUCCCUGGUAAGAAAAGCUUUGGACCUGCAGGCUGGACCGUUCAGGCAAAAACUGAGCUGUAUCUGUGGCUCGGCUUGAACAGGCAACGUAAGGACUACUUGAACGGCCUACCAAAUGGUUUUGAGGAGAACAAGGCAGUAAAAGGGCCUGGCAUACAGUCCUCACCACCCAUCAGCCUGAUGUACACCAUGAAGCAGAUAUUCCAGCUGAGGGUUCACAUGUAUCAGGCUCGCAGUCUGUUUGCAGCUGACAGCACAGGCCUGUCAGACCCUUUUGCCAGGGUAUUUUUUUCUACUCACAGCCAGGUCACAGAGGUCCUGAAUGAGACGUUGUGUCCUACAUGGGAUCAGCUGCUGGUGUUUGAUAAUGUGGAGCUCUAUGGCGAGGCAGGAGAACUGAGAGAUGAUCCUCCUAUAAUCGUCAUUGAGAUCUAUGAUCAGGACACUGUCGGAAAAGCCGAUUUCAUGGGUAGGACAUUCGCUAAACCUAUAACCAAGAUGUCAGACGAGCAUUAUGGGCCACCACGCUUCCCUCCUCAACUUGAGUACUACCAGAUCUACCGGGGAAACUGCACUGCAGGGGAAAUGCUGGCAGCCUUUGAACUGUUGCAGAUUGGACCAGCGGGAAAGGCCGACCUGCCCCCAAUAGAUGGACCUUCCGAUUUCGAUCGUGGUCCAAUCCUGCCUGUUCCUAUUGGCAUAAGACCUGUCUUGAGUAAAUACCGAAUUGAGGUUCUCUUCUGGGGCCUGAGGGACCUGAAGCGAGUGAAUCUGGCCCAAGUUGACCGUCCUCGUGUGGACAUCGAGUGUGCAGGGAAAGGUGUUCAGUCAGCGCUGAUUCAAAACUACAAGAAAAAUCCCAAUUUCAGCACACUAGUGAAGUGGUUUGAAGUGGACCUGCCUGAAAAUGAGCUUCUCCAUCCUCCUCUGAACAUCCGUGUGGUGGACUGCCGGGCAUUUGGCCGUUACACGCUAGUUGGCUCUCAUGCCGUCACAUCUCUACGCAAAUUCAUUUACAGGCCAUCGGACAAAAGUGUCAAUAACUGGUCUGCCAUGGAGGAGGUCGUGAUCAACACAGAGCCAGAACCAGCUGUGAAGAAGAUUGAGACAGUGGUCAAACUCGACUCAGCGUCUGAUGCUGUGGUUAAGGUUGAUAUGCCAGAUGACGAGAAAGGUGGGAAAGGGAAAAAGAAGCGGAAGAAGGGCGAAGAGGUGGAAGAGGAGGAGCUGGAUGAAAGCAUGCUGGACUGGUGGUCCAAAUACUUUGCCUCAAUUGAAACAAUGAAAGAGAUCAUUAAAGCACAAGAAGCAGAAGCUGAAGAAAAGGAAGAUUUUGAGUCUGGAGACGGGACCAAGAAGAAGAGAGGAAAAGGAAACAAGAACAAAGCCAUGCCUGGAGAGGGAGUGCCAGAGAAGAAGAAGCAGAAAUUGGAAGAGUUAAAGAUGUACAACAGAGAGCUUGAAUAUGAGUUUAACACCUUUGAAGAUUGGCUUCACACUUUCAACCUUUAUCGAGGCAAGUGUUCGGAUGAUGCUGAUGUCGAGCAGAAUGCAGCUGAUGAAGACAGACUUAUUGGCAAAUUCAAGGGAUCCAUGUGCAUCUACAAAGUCCCCGUAUCGGAUGACGUGUCCAGAGAAAUGGGCUUUGAUUCCAACAUGGGCAUGUUCCAGAACAUCCCACACAACGACCCCAUAAACGUCCUCGUCCGAGUCUAUGUGGUCAGGGCAACAGAACUGCAUCCUGCAGACAUCAAUGGGAAGGCCGACCCAUAUAUCGCCAUCAAGCUCGGAAAGACAGAGAUCAAGGACAAAGAAAACUACAUCUCUAAACAACUAAACCCUGUGUUUGGAAAGUCUUUUGACAUUGAAGCGACUCUCCCAAUGGAUUCCACCCUCACCGUGUCCAUCUACGACUGGGAUUUGGUGGGAACCGAUGACCUGAUUGGGGAGACAAAGAUUGACUUGGAGAACCGUUACUACAGCAAACACAGGGCAACAUGUGGUCUCAGCGCCAGCUAUGCAAUUCAUGGCUAUAAUGUGUGGAGGGACCCAAUGAAGCCAACGCAAAUCCUUGCCAAACUCUGCAAAGAUGGAAAAAUGGAUUCGCCCCAGUAUGGCCCAGGGGGAAGAGUGAAAGUGGCGAACAGAGUUUACACGGGACCGACUGAAAUUGAGGACGAAAAUGGACUCAAGAAACAGACGGAUGAGCACCUGGCUCUUGCUGUACUAAACCACUGGGAAGAUAUACCACGGAUCGGCUGCAAACUUGUCCCUGAGCAUGUGGAGACGAGACCUCUCCUGAAUCCGGAUAAACCUGGGAUGGAGCAGGGGAGGAUUGAGUUGUGGGUGGACAUGUUCCCAAAGGAUAUGCCUGCGCCUGGACCCGCUCUCGAUAUUUCACCAAGGAAGCCAAAGAAAUUUGAGCUCAGAGUGAUUGUGUGGAACACAGACGAAGUCGUUCUGGAGGACGAUGACAUUUUCACAGGGGAAAAGUCAAGUGACAUAUUUGUUAGAGGAUGGCUGAAAGGUCAACAAGAAGACAAGCAAGACACAGACGUUCACUAUCACUCUCUGACCGGAGAGGGCAAUUUCAACUGGCGCUUCAUUUACCCCUUCGACUACCUACAGGCUGAAGAGAAAAUUGUCAUCUCAAAGAAAGAGUCCAUGUUUUCUUGGGACGAGACUGAGUAUAAAAUUCCUGCCCGACUGAAUUUGCAAGUGUGGGAUGCGGAUCACUUCUCUGCAGACGACUUCUUGGGUGCAAUUGAACUAGAUCUGAAUCGAUUUCCUCGUGGUGCAAAGACCGCAAAGCAGUGCUCCAUUGACAUGGUGACUAAUGAGCAAGACAUGCCCAUGGUCAACCUCUUCAAACAGAGGAGAAUUAAAGGCUGGUGGCCAUUUGUGGCCCGAGAUGAAAAUGAUGAGCUGGAAAUUACAGGAAAAGUAGAAGCAGAGCUUCAUCUGAUGACAGGUGAGGAAGCCGAGAAGAGUCCUGUUGGUGAAGGACGCAAUGAACCUGAGCCGCUGGAGAAACCAAACCGCCCCGACACUACAUUCCUGUGGUUCCUUAGCCCGCUAAAGGCAAUCCGCCAUCUCGUCUGCAACCAGUACAGGUGGCUGGUCAUCAAAAUUGUGUUGGCGCUGAUGCUUCUUGCCAUUGUGGCCCUGUUCCUCUACAGUAUGCCUGGCUAUAUGGCCAAGAAACUCCUGGGGGUCUGAGAGCAGAAAACACUAUAUUCAAUCAGAGCUUAAUCUCUUCUACAUACUACAUUAUGUUUGAAAUGCAUGAGUUGAACAUGAUUUGUA